CCGAGCCCGGCCGGCAGCCGCAGCCCCAGACACGCCGCCCCGGGGCGGAGGGGCGACGCAGAUGCCAAGGCCUCGCCAGUGACAGCCUCCAUGGCCCAGGCCGGCCGCUAAGCCCCACCAUGGGCAACCUGUACUCGGAGUACCUGAACCCUGACAAGGUCCUGGAGCACUACAAUUACACCAAGGAGACGCUGGACAUGCAGGAGACGCCCUCCCGCCAGGUGGCCUCGGCUUUCAUCAUCCUGCUCUGCUGUGCCAUCGUGCUGGAGAACCUGCUGGUGCUCGUGGCCGUGGCCCGCAACAGCAAGUUCCACUCGGCCAUGUACCUCUUCUUGGGCAACCUGGCGGCCUCCGACCUGCUGGCCGGCGUGGCCUUCGUGGCCAACACCUUGCUGUCGGGCCCCGUCACGCUGAGCCUCACGCCCGUGCAGUGGUUCGCCCGCGAGGGCUCUGCCUUCAUCACGCUCUCGGCUUCCGUCUUUAGCCUGCUGGCCAUCGCCAUCGAGCGGCAGGUGGCCCUGGCCAAGGUCAAGUUGUACGGCAGCGACAAGAGCUGCCGCAUGCUGCUGCUCAUCGGGGCUUCGUGGGUCAUCUCGCUGGUGUUGGGCGGCCUGCCCAUCCUCGGCUGGAACUGCCUGGGCCAGCUGGACGCCUGCUCCACCGUCCUGCCGCUCUACGCCAAGGCCUACGUCCUGGGCGUGGUGACCAUCUUCUCGGUCAUCCUGCUGGCCAUCGUGGUGCUGUACGUACGCAUCUAUUGCGUGGUCCGCUCCAGCCACGCCGACGUGGCCGGCCCGCAGACGCUGGCGCUCCUCAAAACGGUGACCAUCGUGCUUGGCGUCUUUAUCGUCUGCUGGCUACCCGCCUUCAGCAUCCUCCUGCUGGACUACGCCUGUCCGGUCCGGGCCUGCCCCAUCCUCUACAAAGCUCACUACUUUUUCGCCUUCGCCACCCUCAACUCGCUGCUCAACCCCGUCAUCUACACAUGGCGCAGCCGGGACCUGCGGCGGGAGGUGCUGCGGCCGCUGCAGUGCUGGCGCCAGGCGGCCAGGGUGCCGGGCCGGCGGAGCGGGACCCCAGGGGACCACCACCUCCUGCCCCUGCGAAGCUCCAGCUCGCUGGAGAGGGGCGUGCACAUGCCCACAUCUCCCACGUACUUAGAGAGCAACACGGUGGUCUGAGGGGCUGCCGCACCCGCGGCCCCCUCCAUCCCACGCUGGAGUUCCUGCAAAGGGCGAAGGUGACGGCAGGUGGCCACGGAGGGCGGAAGCGUGGAUGGAGGCCGUCGCAUGUCCUGGCCACCCUGCCGUAGCCCACCGCAUUUCAGUGCUGGCUGUCUCCUGCCACCGUCCCCCAAGGCAACCUUGGGCCUCUGAUUUGCUGUCCCUCCAGGAUUUGUGAGGGUCCUGACCAUCCUGCCUGUCUCAGGCCCCCCUGAAUCCACAGCUUCCCCAAAUCCUACCACCUGCCAUUGUUCCCUGUCCCCCUCUUUCUGAUGUCUGGGAAGGAAGCCGCUAGCUAUAUGGCGGAGGGGCGGGAGAUGGUGAGGGGAAGGUACCUGGACAGGGCCCGCCCCGUUCUCCCCCUGUCAUUUUCCAACCUCAUGGGUUCAUUUGCACUAUCUACCUGGGGACGCUGAGGAAUCACAGGCCUGGAAAAACCGGUUUGCAGGGGCCUGUGGGUGGGGAACAGUGCAACUUAAGAAGUACCUGGGGGAGGGGUUUCUAGGGGACCCGCACCGCCACCCAGGUACAGAUCACCCAAGACAGGGUGGCAGCCCUGAGCCGCAGCUGGGCCUCCUUGUAAGAGGGCAGGGUGGCUAGGGAUGGCUCCUGGGGACACCGGCUCCUCCCCUGCCCCAGCAGAAGGACCUGCAGACCU